UGCUAUUUUCAGAGUUACGUAACUAUAGCAAAGCUUAAAACAAUUCGCUAGUGUCAACUCUGAAGCUACAGUUCAGCAAUGGGUUGCUGCGGAGGAGGCCGCAAGUGGCACCAUAACCAGCGGUACUCCACACUACGCAAGCAGUGCAUCAAGAGCGGCGAGAAGUUCUCAGACCCCAAGUUCCCUCCCCACGAUUCCUCCCUCUACUUCUCCAAACCUCCACCUGGAGUCGUCGUCUGGAAGCGCCCUCAUGAGAUCGUGGAUACGCCGCGUCUGUUCAUUGAAGGCGCGAGCUCGAGCGACGUUACGCAAGGACAGCUCGGCAACUGCUGGUUUGUGGCGGCCUGUGCCACACUGGCCGGCGUCAGGGAGCUGUGGCAUAAGGUGAGCCACACUGGCCGGCGUCAGGGAGCUGUGGCAAAAGGUGAGCCACACUGGCCGGCGUCAGGGAGCUGUGGCACAAAUGGUAACUUGAACGACAUUUCAUGCAUUACAAACAAGGGAGGUAACCUAAGCGACGCGCUGGUGGACCUGACGGGGGGCGUGUCAGCGCACCUGGACCUCACGCUGGGGGGCUACACGGAGGACCUGGAGAAGCGCAAGACGCUCUUCAAGAUGAUGAGGACUGAGAUGGACGAGCGGGCCCUUAUGUGCUGUGCUAUUUCUUGUGAUGAGCCUCUUCACCAUCUUCAAGUGAGUGUGAUGAGCCUCUUCACCAUCUUCAAGGGGCGGCAGAAGCUGCGGAUGGUGAGGCUCAAGAACCCGUGGGGCGAGAAGGAGUGGAACGGCGCCUUCAGUGACGGAGGGAGCAGUCACGGCUUCAUGUUCUCUGUGUCGCAGCUGACCAGACUAUGUUCCAGGUCGCCGGAGUGGGCGAAGGUGUCGAACGCCGAAAGGGAAAGCCUGGGGCUCGUCUUCGAGGACGACGGAGAGUUUUGGAUGACAUUCGAGGAUUUCUUGGAACACUUCACCGACCUCAGCAUCUGCUUCCUGAUCAACACGAGCGUCUUGAGUCUGAGCAAAACUUGGAACGAAAGCUCCUUCCAUUCCGCCUGGACCAUCGGGGUUAAGGGGCAUCACUCCGACAGAUCGGGGGGCUGUCUCAACCACAAAGAAUCUUUCCUACGCAACCCCCAGUACAAGUUCGACGUGCGUGACGACAAGGAGGACGUCAUCGUGCAGCUGCUGCAGAAGGACAUGCGGGAGCGACGGAGUGAGGGCGUACAACAGCUCGUCAUCGGCUUCCACAUAAUGAAGGUGGAAGUGAACCGUGAGUACCGGGUUCACCGCAUCCACGCGUCAGCGGCCACGUCAGACUACAUCAAGACGCGCUCCAUAUUCCUGAGGGAGCAGCUGCCCAAAGGGCGCUACGUCGUGGUGCCCACAACCUUCAAGCCCAACGAGACCGGAGACUUCCUCCUCAGAAUCUUCACCUCCCGACACUGUGAUGCUACGGAGCUGCUGCAGUCACAGCCCGUCAUCCCGUGGUACUCCUGCGUCAGGAGACCUGUCAUCGUCACCGCCGUGACCGUCAAGAGUGCCUCGCACCUCGUCGCCCAGACCGCCUUCGGAGGGGAGCCGGACGCAUACUGCAUCAUUAAGUGUGAGGGGGAGACGGUGCGCACCCCCGCGGACCGGGGGACAAGCAACCCCAAGUGGGACACGACCGCCAUCUUCUACCGGGCUCGCCCCCAGGUCCCCAUCGUGAUCGAGGUGUGGAACAAGAGUCUGCUGAUGGACGGCUUCAUGGGACGCGCCGAGCUGCUGGCGCCCGUCAACACCAACAGCGUCCAGGUGGAGUUGCCGCUGUACGGCCGCCGCAGCGAGAAGGCUGUGCUGAAGGAGGGCGUGGUGCUAGUGCAGGUCUAUUCUGACGACGACCUACAGAGCAUUUAAUAUAAUCAUCCAUCAUCUAAUUAUCAUUUUUCUAUCAUUAAUUUUAUCGAAGUUAGGUUGGCUUUAAGGCUAAGAAGUAAAGAACGAAAGCAGUGGGAAGUAUUUCUUUGUUAAUUGCUGCUUCGCCUCAAUGUUUUUACGUUGGCAAUUGGGAAAUAGACUCGAAAUUAAUGUUUUUUAAGCGCGAAUCUAAGAUUAAAUAUUCAUACGUGUUUCUCCAUCUACGUUUUGGCAAUCAUUAAAUUGCCAAAAAUUCUAAAAAAAAUUAAAAGUUAGGCGCUUUCACUUUGUUUUAAAAUGCUAUUAAUAUUUUGGAUUCUUGGUUGCAAUUAUUAGCGCUAAAAUUCGACGGUAUGAGUGACUGAUUGUAGUGAAGUAAUCACAACUGUCAGUUAUUUUGGUUAUUUUAUCGGUUGUAAUGUAGUAAAUUUUACAGCAACGCUUAACGAAACGUUUAAAUUUUACAGUGAUAUUUAUAUAUUAUAUUAUCUCUAUUUCUUGACGGUGCUACCGGUGUUAUGGCCUCAAGUCAGUCGUUUGGUAUUUUCAUGAUUGGUUGAAGUUUGAAAUUUCUGUAGCCCCCAAGUUUAAGUUCUUUUUGUCAACAAAUUCAGCUUCAGUAAUAGAUUUUUAUCAUUUUUGUGCUGCUCUCUGUUUUUUUACGUUUUCCUGCUAAUGAUACUCAGUACUGAUACAUAAUUUUAAGCCUGAUAAUUUUCUAUAAGUGGAUUUUUUACAUGAUUGUUUAAUAUCAUUAUUUUCGGAUACGUUCUGACGGGGUGAAUAGGACUAUUGACGGGGUGAUUUGGUCCUUUUCGACAUUUAACAAAAGCUUAUAACUCAAAAAGUUCUUGCUUUAGAAAAAUUGUGUUGAUGGCUCUUGAAGUACCAUGAGAUAACCUACAAGUGCAAUAAAUAGAUAGUUCUAUUACUAUAUAUGAAUAUUUGUAUCACAAAAAUUAAGCGCUGAAAAUGGUCCAAGUCACCCCAAAUUACCGACGAUCUUUGUAAUUUGAUCGGAUAUACCUCUGCCUUGCAGUACCUCGCAUGUGUUCAGAGUUGAAAAGAUUGCGUUCUGGAAAUCAGUAUGUAUUUUUACUAAAUUUUUAAAUCGUCACAGCUUUUUCUUGUGGUAGAAUUUAAACAAAAGAUUUAUAUUACAGUAACAAUCCACAAGGAAAAGUUAUUUUGUUUAAUAUAGUACAAGGCUUAUCAUGAAAUGUGUAUUUUAGUUUACAUGUUAGGAAAAUGACAACAACCAUAAACACGAGCUUAUUUGUUGGGAUGUAAGGAUCGUAAUAUAUUUAUCAAGAUAUUCGAUCGGAAUUCAGAGUCCAGGUCUCUGAACCCUAUUGAAAUUAGAGAGGCAUUUUUGACUCUGAAAAUAGUAAUAAAUACUAUCAUCGAAUUAAUAACGUGACGACAAGUUCCCAGGAACUAACUUCACUGUCUAAUUGCUUUCGACGUAGACAACUUCUUAUAACUUGUAUAGGUGGCUGUUGUUUGCCUCCGUAUGAUUAGACAGUCAAACUCAGAAGAAUAAAUGAAUUAGUCAAACUCAAAAGAAUGAAUGUGUCAUGUUGUCCUAAUGGUGACGCACUUCCUGUACUAUAGCACUCCUACGUCCCUUUGCCUGGCCAAAGCAUAUCAGGAUAACUCACAGGAGGGCAAUAAAAAUAUGGCAUAACAUAGUUUAACAUAGUUAAGAAUUUUAACUAUGUCUCAUUGAUUUCUUCAAGUUCAGGAUUCAUUUCAAGCACACGCUGUUAAAGAGUUCUUCCUCAGCAUACAAAAUUUUUUUUACAUCACAACAUUGCAAUAUGGAGUAUUAUUUCCACCUCAUUUCAUUCGUAUUGGCCACUAUCAUCUCAGACUAUAAUUUUCACAUCGCUGCUGCGACCAAAACCAUGUUUUCUUCUCAUAAUAUUGCAAUUCCAAUUAUCCUGUUUUCGUUUUUAGUUGUUAACUUAUCUCGCUCUAUAUCCUCUGUUGCUCUUCACGUAUUCCGUCGAUUCAGCAAUCCCGUCCUCGUCUCUGUUGCUGUUCAGCAAUUUCGUCUUCGUCUCUGUUGCUGUUCAGCAAUUCCGUCUUCGUCUCUGUUGCUGUUCAGCAAUUUCGUCUUCGUCUCUGUUGCUGUUCAGCAAUUUCGUCGUCGUCUCUGUUGCUGUUCAGCAAUUCCGUCUUCGUCUCUGCUGUUCAGCAAUUUCGUCUUCGUCUCUGUUGCUGUUCAGCAAUUCCGUCUUCGUCUCUGUUGCUGUUCAGCAAUUUCGUCUUCGUCUCUGUUGCUGUUCAGCAAUUCCGUCUUCGUCUCUGUUGCUGUUCAGCAAUUGCGUCGUCGUCUCUGUUGCUGUUCAGCAAUUCCGUCUUCGUCUCUGCUGUUCAGCAAUUUCGUCUUCGUCUCUGUUGCUGUUCAGUAAUUCCGUCUUCGUCUCUGUUGCUGUUCAGUAAUUCCGUCUUCGUCUCUGUUGCUGUUCACUAUCUCCUCCUUAUCUUUAUGCGAUUCAAGACUGUUUCUUCUCUCGCCAGCCAUAGCGCAGGUCAUUUAGCGCCUCCUCAUCAUGAGUGUGACGAACGCGUUACUCGUAAUGAGUCCCCAAGGCUUCCAUGGCAUUUGGUUUGGAGCUCUGGUUAACCACUGCACUAUUUUAAUUAUAAUCCCCAAACUUGUUAUUAGUAUAAAUUUUAUCUUUAAGCAGAUGAUGCAUGUAUAACAUCUAAUAGAUCAUUGGCCGAUUUACAGGAGGCGAUCUGGAAAUCGCCAAUCGCCGUGUUGAUCUGAUAAUGAACCGGGCGGCGCGAUACCCGCUUUCUUAUUCACCGAAGAACUUACCGUCUCAAUAAUAUUUUUUUUAACGUGAACGCCUGGUUUCUCUACCUCAAAUAUCAGGAUAAUUGCAUUAAAAGGAGCCCAAGGCGCAGUGUGGGCCACGAGUCUUGCACUCUUUUGAUGAUUUGGGGUGACGAGUGCGAGCUGGUGUUGUGGUCAACGAGUUAUUUUCGGUAAAGUUUUGCUAUUGGGUCCUGCAAAAUAACAUUUAGCCUGACGAAGAGUAAAUGCUGAAACGCCUGUUAGACUCUGGCGAUUCUUGGACCAAGGUAGGUAUGUAGAGCGGUAGAGGGAGACGUUAGUUAUUAGUUAUAUGGUAGAAGGAGCUUUUUAUAUUCAUUGUUAUUCAGUGUAGCAGUUGCAAGAUUCUACACCACUACGUGGGCCGAUCAGUUACGCGAGUUGCCACUGCACUCGAGAAACAUGAAAUAGAUUUACCGCUUUUCCAUAUGAUCUAUUUUAUAAACUCUUCAUACAAAAGGAAUUUAUUUCUCCGUCGUCUGUUAAAGAAUAAAAUACUAUUUAGCCAUGGGGAUAUGUUUAAGAGAAAAAUUGCAAAGAGAAAACUUGUUAAAUAUUAUCGUGUUCGUCGACUCAAGUAGUUUAGCUGACAUGUGAUGCACUUAAUCCAUGAAGUGUACGAGUAAAUAAUCUUUUUAUUGAGUAUUGGAACGACAAUACUAUUAAAGAGACACUUAUUGUGAUGUAUGGAAUAUGUUUAUCUUGCGAGCACAACAAUUUGUAUUGAAACACUUGCCUUGUAUCCUUGUGCAAUCGUCGAGCUUUGGCUUAUAGGCUACAAGAAAUAAUGAGUAAUUUU